CACUCGCAUUAGAUUGACGAUAUUACAUCAGACAAAAAAGAAGUAUUUGCUUUCUAUAAGGAAGCAAAAUAAUAAAAAGCCAGUCAUCAAACAGAUUCCAAAGAAGACGGAUCUCUUUUUUUAAAAAGAAAUUUUGAAAAUCAUAAAUACAUUUUCAUUGGUCAAAAGAGUGCACAACUCAUUGGUUCCUGUUUUUAAUUAAAAAUCAAAGUGUGUGACAGUUCAUUUGAAAAUAAUUUAUUGGCAAAAAAAAAAUUUUUUCUUUUUUUUUAUUGAACGUGAUUUGUUUUUUUUUAAAAUUAUUUCUUAUGGCAGAUCAUUAUGAGUGCAUUGAAAAGUGUAAUCAUCACGUUGCCUAAGGGCGGUCUUAAAAAAGACACGGGCUUAAUUUCAACUGGUACAAAAUUAAAUUUCACAACUUCCAUUCUUACUGAUAAGCAACACAAAUUUGAUAACAACAGGAAACUAGUGAAACAUAUGGAAGACACAAUGAUGGAUACGACAAUUUUAAAACAGGAACCAAUUAAUAUUCGUGGAAAAAAACGACGACUCGAUCACCUCACGUGGGAGGAGAAACUUCAAAGAAAGAAGUUAAAAAACAGAGUAGCCGCACAAACGUCACGAGAUCGAAAAAAGGCAAAACUUGAUGAACUCGAGGAGACGGUGCGCAUGUUAACGGAACGAAAUGAUCUUUUAAUUCAAGAAUGCACAAUGCUCAGAUCGGAAAAUGAAACACUCCUUAAUGAAAGUGAACAAAUGAAAUUGAAUACAGAGACAAAAAAGGACGAUCGACUUUGUUCGAUGUGUCAAGGUCGUGUCGACUUUACUGUACCCUCUUCGGGAUCAGCAGAAUCUCGCUUUAACCCUCUGCCGCAGGGUGGGUCAGUUCAGUCGGCAGUACCUCUGACGUUGACGCCAAGUGCAAUCGUCCUUCUGAAGAUACUGACGCUCUCCCUCCUCUCGAAGAAUUAUUCAAUGAACUCCAAGGAGACGAUUACAUCGACCGACUCGAAGAAUUGGCAGAGAGCCUUUUGCGAGAAGUUACCGCAGAAGUGGAAGCACAUUCUUCUCGACCAAAUGAGCAGAUAUCAGUCAAGAAGGAAACCGCCGCCGGAACACCUGCGUUGGUGGAUCAAACAUCAAGAAACGUGGAAUCCAAUACAGAUUCAAGAGGUUUGACAAGUCGAUCGAACGACAAAUUGCGUUAAUGGAUUUUCAAGUAAUCAACAAUUGGCCAAAAAUCAGGGAAAUCAUCAUCAUCAUCCUCAUAAUAAUAAUAAUCAUCAUCACCAACAACAACAGGAUGUGAAGGUUAAACGCGAGCCAGUUACCGAUGUUGACACUGUUUAUGGUACUUAUGACGAGGUUACUAAUUGUAUAACAAUCAUCUAUCCCGGUGACGAUGACGACAUUAAAAUUCAAGAGAGUGUUCAAGAAGUGUCAACGGAAAAUUUGUCAAAUCAAAAAGAUGAACAAAUGCCUGUGACGCCUGUACAAACGUACAUUGAUCACCUUUCACCUUAUACAUGUCACGAUUCAAUGUCACCAGCGAGCAUUCAUUCAGAUGACACAGAUUCAAGUGCAACCGUAUCAAAUAAACAAGAUUCAAAUUUUUCCGAUAUUGGCUAUGAAUCACAUGGAUCACCUUUUGAAGAAACUGUUAGCGUUCCUGAAACAUCGACGCUAACAGAUUUAUGGCACGAGAGUUUCUCAGAAUUAUUUCCCAGUUUAGCCUGAUUGGAAAAAUAAUUUUCUUAUCAGUGAUUUUUGUUUUGAUAUACCUCCCCCCCUCUAAUGAUUGUAAAAAAAAAAUUAAGAAAAAUUUAUUGAAAAGUUGAUGAAUAAUAUAGAAAUUGAAUUCGUUUCAAUAAAUGCCAUUUUGUAAUUUUGAAUGAAAUUGGAAAUUAUUUUUUUUUUUUCUAAAAGUAUAAUUUAAUAUUAUAUAAAAUAAUUUUUCAAAUCAAAUUCAAAAAUACCAAACGGAAUUCAUAAACGUAUUUUUUUGUCAGAAACUUUCAAUAUGUUUUUUUUUGUAUUUUAUCUGUGAUAUUUAAUGCGAAUUUUCGUUUGACAAUUUGCACUCUUAUUUUUAUUAUACUAUAUAUAAAUAUAUGAUUCUCUUCGUGUCCAAUUGGAGAUUUUGUGAAUUUUGAAAAUAUUCUUGCACUUCAUUGUAAUGCCGAUAGAUAUUAAUACUUUUUUUUUUUUUAUAAGUUUAUAUUUAACAAUAGAGAGUAAUAAUUUUAUGUUACGGUAUUUUUUAUUCAUGAAAAAAUAAUAGUUUUUUUGUGUCAGCAAAAAUGUGUUGAGUCAUCCUCGUAAAUAUUUGGAAAUAAGUAUCAUAAAGAGUAAUUUUUAAGCAUAUAAUUCAUUUUUUUUUUUUUGAAACAUUGGUAUAUUUAAUCGUCUAUUAUUUAUGUAAAUAAAUUUAUUAUUUAUUUUGUAAUCUUCAAUAUUCUGAGGAUUUGAAAAAGCACAAGAUGUGAGUGAAAUACAAAUACACUUGAAAGUCCUCAAAACUAAA